CCACCUAGAAGCCCGGGGAUUCCGAAGAGCAAGGGGAAUUGGCCCAAACGGACGUCAGGGCUAUGGCCGACCUUUCUGACGAGACCUUCAAGUCCGUUACUGAUGACGUACGGAGUUCUGGUUCAUUCAGCUCUUCUGGAGGACUGCACCCCUGGCCCCAUUCCUCUGGGAGCAACCCUGAGGGUGGAAAGCCCACUACAUGCUUGGAAUAUCGAGACAAACAAUCUGAGCUUUCGGACUACAAAAGUUAUGAAAAGAAGUUCAGUAGAAAGUGGAUCAACUACCUCAAGGGCAAAGAAACUAACUCUGAACAGUACCAACCAGACACUAAACUUCAAACAGAAAUCACUCGGGCAUCUGAUGAAGAACUGAAUGCCCUGCAGUCUUUUUGCACCAUUAAAAUAAACCUGAUCCAUCAUAGAGCGAACUCGAAGGAGAAAAAGAGCAGCAGACAUAAAAAGCUGCAGUUUAGAUUGGAUGCAGAGGCUUCAGAGAGAGAUGCCUUAAACUGUACUGUCCCUGAUGAGCUUUUGAACAGAAUCUAUUUUAAAAACAUGAGGACAACACCAAAACAGGUGGCGACAGCUAAGCAACACAUUUCUUCUCGGUGUCCCAAUUGUAACAGAAAAAGAGCAGAACUGGCCCAAUCUGCCUUCCUGAAACAAAAGAAGACUUUUCUGGAGUCAUUUCUACUCCAAGAGAAAAUAGAUGAACAUCUUCACACUAAAGACUUUCUUACCCUUAUUGGAGAAAUACAUCAAGGCCUUCCCAGGCUCUCAGAUGACCCCAGAAUAAUCUGGAAAAGACUGAAUGAGAAAAGUCAGAUCUGAUACUCUGGUUUUGAAAGGUCAGAUACAGAGCUGAAGAUGUAGCAGAAUGGACAUGGCGCUUGUCAUUCAUCUUUUUCUCUACCACUUCUCAAACUACUGACUCUAACAAACAAGAGAUGGUAUUUAUUAAUGAUAAUGUGUAAUGUAGAUAGAGGUUUCUGUUGUGUAUUUGAAUAAUUAUGAUCAUUUCUACAGACACUUUGGAAACUAACUUAAGACUUCACUAUGCUUCCUUCACAGAUUUGAAGACUAAAAACUUUCCAAUACAUUUUUCAGAUUAUAGAGGGCAACAUUGUAUAUGGAAUAGUGACAAAGUUUUAAUAACAAUCCAGGAGAGAGAUGUUGGUAGAUUGGACUAGGGUUUUGACAGUACAGACAGAAAGAAGUACAGAGAUGUAAGAGAUACUUAGGAAGAAAUAAUUGACAGUCUUUGGUGAAGAAAUGGAUAUGAGGAUUUAAUAAAAGGUAAAUGUUAAGAAUGUUACUACAUUUCUAACUUGUGCACUUGGAUGAAUGAUAAUUUCAUUAAGAUAGGAACAUUGGAAGAGAAUCAUCUUCGAUGGGAGUGAUUAAGAGUGUGAUUAUUUGGACAUGGUUAGUUUGAGGCAUAUUUGAGACAUCCACAUUGAGACGUUAAGGAAACAUUUGGUUAUUUGUGCUUGCAGUCUAAAGGAAUUUCUAGCCUAGAGAUUUGAAAUAGAAGGUGGGGGGUGGGGAUCAUUGACAUAUAGUUGAAAUUGAAGUCAUAGAUUGGGUGAGCACUUCUGGAAGAGAGUAGAGUGAGAAGAGAGGAGGCACUGUGACUAACUCCUGAGAAAUUCAACAGUUAAUGGCUGGGUAGAGGAGAAUAAGCCAGAAAAGGAUGUUGGGAAGAAAUUAUCAUAGAAGGAUAAAGGAAACCAGGAAUGUGUAGUGUCAUAGAGGCCAAGGAAAGAGAAUAUUUCAAGAAGGAUGGAUUAUGGAAGCAUGCCAAUGCAACAGAAAGUUCACAUGAGAUGAUUUAGUCAUGUGUGGGGUUCUGUGGCCUUAGCAACAGCCACUUCACUUACAGAAAUUGGGCAUAUAAAGUGGAUUGAGGCAUAAAUGUAAGGUAAAGAUAAUGAAGAAUAUGAAGAUAGACUACUUGAAAAGUUUAGCUGUGGAGGGAGAGACAGGGGAAGCUAGAGGUAGAUGUAUAAUUAAGAGAAGAAUGCUUGAACAAAUCAUCUAAAAAACCAUUUUGGUCAUAAGGAUUUUAUGAAACUUCUCUUGUUCAUCCUAAUUUCCAUUCUGAUGAAACAAUGUCUUCCCCUGAAGAAUACCAUGGUAUUUUGGAAAUACAUUUAUUGGGGAAAAUGUUAGAUGGCAAUAUUAGAAAUUAUAUGAUUUAUUUUCUCUAUAAAAAUAUAAAUCCUGGAAUUAGUGACUGUACCUAGAGGUCAUUUUUCUACAUGUCUAACAGCUAAGCUAUCACAAUCAAAAAGAAAUCUGUUUAUAAAAAUCAGCACAA